GCCGUUUAUAUACAAUGGCCGGACGGGAGAUGGUUAAAAAAAGGCUAUAUGUAUGUGGCUGUGGGUGUAUGUAUGUAUGUAUGUAUGUGUGUUAGUAACCAGGGGCAGACUGACAAUUCAUGGGGCCCACGGGCAAUAGGGGAUCAUGGGGCCCCUGUGUCCUUGCCCACACUCAAAGCACACCCAAAAAAGCCUAGAAAAGGUACCAAGGGCAUUUCAUGGGGCCCCCUAUUGACCCCGGGCUCUCGGGCAGUGCCCGAGUGCUCGAAC